CACCAAAAAUACUCGCGCAAAUCCGAAAAGAAAAACAAAAGAAAAAGGAAAAAAAAGGGGGGAAAACUCAGGAAGACGACUCCUCGCCGCCGACCUACCCGAGCGAGGAGCACCCCGGCGGGCGGCGGCGCGUGGCGGAUCGCGCGGGUUCCGGCUCCGAGCCUCCCCCUCCCCUCUCUCUCUCCUGGGCUCGUCGUAGUCGCGGCGGGCGCGGGAGGUGGUCUCCGGCGGCGGCGGGGCGCGUGGUAUGGUCCGUGGCGGCGGCGGGGGCUCGACCACCCGGUGAAGUUUUUUUUUUCUUCUCCCCGAUGCUACGGCUGGUGGGGAUCGGCGAGAGGCUGUUGGCAGUCGGAACAAAUAGACGGGCAGCCUAUUUUUCCCAGCCGAGCCACAGGAGUGGCUACUACACAGCAGCGAGGGACAAUGGAUUGUCGGCAAAGCGAAAGAUUCCAACUGUCUUCUCUAGAAUGUUCUCACAUUACAAGGUAAUUGUCAGGAAGAACAAAGCUGGGGAUCACAAGUGCAGAAAUAGGAUUUCAAGGGGAUUCCGUACCUUCUCUGGGACAGUCGCGAAUUCAUCGGCAACACAGCACGCCCAAUUGGCAUGGAAGCGGCUCAGUCAUACAUACAUGUACAGCGGACCCCGGUUUCCAUUGAUCAGCCGAGCAGCCUGUGCUCUAAGCUUUUCCUUCACGAGGUUCCAUGUUGUCCCUGGGGUCAUGGCUCUAGCAUUUGGCAAGUUUGCAUUGUCACGGCCUGUCCUGGCAGAUUCACCACACCUGCCCACAAUGGAAGGUAUUGUCACAAAUGCGCGGGAUACUCGCCAGUUUCUGUCAUCCAUAGUUUGGUCAAUCUGGGAGGGUGUCACUUUGCUUAUUAGAGCUGUGCAUUUGGCAAUCUUGUUCUUCCCUGCAACUGCAUUGUCUCCAUUUGCUGAUACUUUCAGUGUUGGAUUUAGAAGGAGAUGGCUUCGUCUUGUGCGCCGUACCCUUGAAAUAGCUGGGCCAGCAUUUAUCAAGUGGGGUCAGUGGGCUGCAACACGACCUGAUCUUUUUCCAAGUGAUCUCUGUGUUGAGCUUGCCAAGCUUCAUAGUGCAGCUCCAGCACAUGGAUUUGCUUACAGCAAAGCUACCAUUGAGAAGGCGUUUGGUCGUAAACUUUCUGAAAUAUUUGAGACUUUUGAGGAGGAACCUGUAGCUUCUGGAAGUAUUGCACAAGUACAUCGAGCUACAUUAAGAGAUCAACAUACUGAAAAGCAUGUUGCUGUUAAGGUGAGGCAUCCUGGUGUGGGUGAAUCAAUCAAGAAAGACUUUUUACUCAUCAAUCUUCUGGCGAAAGCUUCGAAUGUUGUCCCUGGGUUGAGCUGGCUGAGGCUGGAUGAGAGUGUCCGUCAAUUUGCUGUUUUCAUGAUGUCUCAAGUUGACCUUUCAAGGGAAGCUGCUCAUUUGAGUCGUUUUAUCUACAAUUUCCGCAGAUGGAGACAUGUGUCUUUCCCAAAGCCAUUAUAUCCACUAGUUCAUCCAUCUGUCCUUGUUGAGACGUUUGAGAAUGGAGAAAGUGUUUCUCGUUUUAUGGAUGAGAUUGAAGGAAAUGCUCGGAUGAAGAGAGAUCUUGCCCACAUUGGCACAUAUGCAUUCUUGAAGAUGCUUCUGGAGGACAAUUUUAUUCAUGCGGAUAUGCAUCCUGGGAACAUUCUUGUCCGUCUAAAUGAGAGAAAACCUAAGAGGAAACUGUUUUUCAGACCUAAGCCCCAUAUUGUGUUUCUUGAUGUGGGCAUGACUGCUGAACUCACCCGAGAUGACCGUGAUAACUUACAACAGUUCUUCAAGGCAGUGGCCACCAGGGAUGGUCGUACUGCUGCUAACUGUACUCUGCAAUUAUCAAAACAGCAAAGCUGUCCAAACCCAGUUGCCUUUAUUGAGGAAUUGGAUAAGACAUUUUCGUUCUGGGGAACGCCUGAAGGGGACAUUUUCCAUCCUGUUGAAUGCAUGCAUCAACUGCUUGACACAGUUCGGCGCCACAAAGUCAACAUUGAUGGGAAUAUCUGUACUGUAAUGGUCACGAUUCUGGUUCUUGAGGGGUGGCAACGCAAGCUAGACCCAGGCUUUGAUAUCAUGCACACGUUGAAGACUCUACUACUAGACAAGGAUAUAAAGCAACCAGUUGAUUUUUUCUCAUAAACAAGUUCAUGCUUUCAAGUGCCAAAUCUACGAGCCUCAGAAUAUGCAUAUAUACAGCAGAGAAAGGUGAUGACACCAUGGGACAGAAGUUCGCAAACCAAGCAAUCUAUACUAAUGCCUUAUGUCAUGUUAUGUUCUCUCUCUUUUUUUUUAAACAACCUCUCUACCUGCAACUUACGGCAUUGGGUUUCACAUUUGACAACCUUCAGUGCUAAAAUUUUGUCCAGCGCCUUGGUGGAGUAAGCCACCAAAAUUCCUUGUGCUAAAAUCUCUUAUCGAGAAACAAACCCUGUUAGAUGUAGCAACCGAAUAUUGAUAACGAGCAGAAUUACGUUGCAGAUUAUACAGAAUUUUACUUCCUGCUAUGCUGCUGCAAUCUUGAUGUGAAUCAACUUCUGCGAGUGAUGAUAGACAUUUAUAAAUGGCGUAUCAUUAUAUUAGCCGUUGUUAAACUCUCUGCAGGGCUGAAUGAUUGGGCUGGAGGACCGAGGACGGUGUCCUUUCGGGCUUCAGCUUCAGCUCUCUUUCCAUGGUUCACCUGUGCUUUCGCUGCGGCUGCCGGAGGACGAAGAAGUGAGAAAAGGUGCCCCCAAAAGGUCUGUGUCCUGUAGGAUUAGCAGGAUCCACUACACCGCAGGUUGAGUCAGUCCAGUGAGGAUUGAGGAUAUCAUCGACUCAGGCUUUGGUCGCCGGCGGCCGGGAAAGCUGGUAUUUGCCGAGCUGAUUAAAAGUAGGCCAGCCUUUCAGUUUAGGUUAGGUCCUGACAUUUAAUAAAAGAGAACCUCACUACAGUUAGUUAACGAUAGUAGUAACAUGGAGGAGUAGUAUUGUCAAGAAAAAAGGUGCAGACUGUAUAAUCAUCAUUUAGUAAUGACAAACUAUUUUCUCUCUUUUUUUUUCUUUUUAUAAAAUAUGAGCUAUGCCAGCUUAAUGGAUGAUCGUA